CUGCAGCGGGGGCGCAGCGGGGGCGCGAAGGGUGCCGCCGCCUCCGCUGCCGCCGCCUGGGCCUGAAACAAGAUGGCGGCCCCGGGCGAGUGCUUCAGUGUGGGCAGCCAGGUGUCGUGCCAGACUUGCCAGGAGCAGCGGCUGCAGGGCGAGGUGGUGGCCUUCGACUACCCCAGCAAGAUGCUGGCGCUCAAAUGUCCUUCUUCAAGUGGCAAACCUAACCACGCAGAUAUCUUGCUUAUAAAUUUACAGUACGUUUCAUCAGUGGAAAUAAUUAAUGACCGUACAGAAACACCCCCACCUUUAGCUUCACUCAAUGUUAACAAGCUUGCAAACAAAGCACGGAUGGAGAAGGAAGAAAAGAUGAGCCAGGCAUAUGCAAUUAGUGCUGGGGUCUCCUUGGAAGGACAGCAGCUUUUCCAGACUAUACACAAGACUAUUAAAGAUUGUAAAUGGCAAGAGAAGAAUAUAGUCGUGAUGGAAGAAGUUGUCAUUGCCCCUCCAUACCAAGUGGAAAACUGUAAAGGCAAAGAGGGGAGUGCCCUAAGUCAUGUACGCAAAAUAGUUGAGAAACAUUUUAGAGAUGUCGAAAGCCAAAAGGUGAUGCAGCGUUCACAAGUCCAGCCUACACAGAAGGAAAGCGCCCUCUCGUCCUGAGUCCUGCCUGCUCUUCCUGGUUGCGACAGAUUGCUCCUGCGGGGGGUGGGGGUGGGGGGGAACCCUUCGAACACGCAGCAGCAGAUGACACAGACUUCUUCCAAAAGAGGUCGGGGGAGGGCAGGGGGGGGUUCACUUCUAUUUUGUGGCGGCCCUGUAAUGGUGGGACCCACAACUUCCGAACUUUAGACUUCAAAAACAAGAGAAUAAUUUAAAAAAACUCAUUCAUUACUUGACUAACAGACUCUUUACUUUUGGCCCACCAGGUUUCCCCCCCCGCCCCUAGAACAGUCAACUGUCUUGUAUUUGAGGUUUUUCUCCCUCCCAGAAUCUUUUUUUUUUUUUUUUAGCUUUACUGAAAUCAAUUCCAUGCCGCCCCUCCUCCUGUACCAUAGGAGAAUUCAGCUCCCAAGUUUGUCAUAUUAAAAAAAAAAAUAGAGAGAGAAAACAGAAAAUAACAAGCUGACUGUGGUAAUGUAAUCGGGACCUUUGUGUGACUGGCGAUCUCUCAUUUUGGUUUUUGUUUGCACAGGGCAAGGCUUGAAUUAGCCUUAUUUUUCUUAUCUCGAAAUAUAUAUAUAAUAAAUAUAUAUAUAAAAUGUCCUUUAAAUAUUUUCUGCUUCUUGCAGUACUCUGAACUGGGAUCAUGGCAGAAAAAAAUGUAUAUUUCCACGCUUAACAAUCACGCCUUCCGCAGUUGGCAUUUCUAUGGAUAACUCUGGAGAUCAGAUGUCUGUUGAAGCUACAGCUUUAGUGGGCCCUACCCUACGCAGGGGGACACGGACACACACACACACACACACACACACACACACACACACAGACACGGGAUGCAGGCUUCCUCCUCAUCUUUUCACAAGUUGAACUUGUAUGUUACAUUUUUUGUAAAUGUGGGCCCUGUUAAUACCACUGGAGUGGGACUGCUCCUGGCCAGCACCCGAUGGUACUUAUGGAGUCACUUAGGUCUUCUCAAAGGGCGUAAAAACCGGGAGAGAUCUCAUAGCUUCCUCUUUCAUAUGCUCUUUGGCCAUGCCAAAGUGCUGCCCAUCGACAAAGGUUGCUUGGGAGCCUUUUGCACCUUGUGACCCAACCUUGGGUUGGAGAAGGGACAUGAAGGUUUGGGCCGAGUCUUCACAUGGCUGUGCUCAACCCCAGCCUAGCUGCACUGGCCCUCUUCCAAAAUGAACUAUCUGAAGGGGUAAGGCCGUAGAUGAGCCUCACUAGGAUCUUUGCCGCACUUCUCUGCAGCAUGGUGAGUGAGUCCCUUUGGUUUCAAGUGGUGCACUUUCGUUGCUCCUCCUGAAUCAACUUUGCUCAUGGCAAGUCAUGUGACAUUUGAAUCCUUCCAGUGGUGCGCAGCUGUAUCAAGUAAAUGCAAGGGCUGCUGUUAAAAAGGCAGUUUGCUUUUCCUAUUCUGUUCAGGCACAGUAGCCGUCGUUUGGAGAAUUCAAAUGUGAUAAUGCUGUGUUGUUCCGGGAGGGAAAUGAUCUUCCUCAUUGCUGUGAGUAGUGUGAUACUACUUGCAGGAUGCGACCCACUCUCCCAAGAAUAUGGUUCCUGUCAAAGUGUCUCUUGUACAGAUUUCAACCAUAUUGCUAUAAUACAUUCUAGACUGAUCACCUUACUCUCAAAGGUCCUAGUUGCAGGCUUGUUUUGAUCUGCAACUCCCAGGCAGACUGCUCUCGCUCUCCUUCAUAAAUAUUCUUGCCUUAGAAAUGCGUUUUGGGGAGUAAAAGGAUUUUAAUUUGGACAAAAUGUGAGGUUACAGUGGAUUUUUUUUUUUUUUUUGCCAUGAUCUCUUUCCCCCUUCCCCCUUUUUUUUAAACAAAUGGAUCAAAUUUUAAAUAAUUCAAGCCCUGCCUUUGAGAAUGGAGGGAAUUUUUUUUUUAGUAUUGUCUAGCAAAACCAAUAAAAACCCAGAAUUUUUUUAACCAUCAAACAA